GUACUGGCAAGGGCCAGGACGACGAGAACGAUCCGGAAGUCAUCUCCACAAGGGCUAGCUUGCUCUGCGGCCGGUUGGUGGGUGCCUUUCCUGACCGCCUUGACGCGGUCCUGGAAGCGGAUCUGCUCAAACGAUUGUCUCGGCUGGUGGAGA